GACUAAAGAAAAACAUGUCCGAGGAAACUCGAUGGACGGAUGCAUGUUGGUGGUUAGCUUCUCCUGAAUUAAGACUUUGAGCGAUGCGCCUCUGAAUAGAUGUAAAGCGUUUAAAUUGCAAAUCUACCAAAUUGUAUGAAUUAUAUUAGUUAUAUAAUGUACGAAUGUUGUAAAUGUAUUAGAUGUAAACCUUACAAAAACAAUAGAUAGGAUAGGCGUUUGGCGUUUAGCCUACCUUCAACAACCGAGCUUCUAACAUGAACAUAGUUACAUAGUGAUACUCCCUUCCUCUAUCAAGGCUAAGGCAAGAUGAAUUUGCCCAUAUGUGAACUUGGGCAACCUGGUAGAUUAACGAAACAUAAAUUAUUUAUGAUCCAUUGUUCUGAUAAACUCUCAAGUCUUAUCAUUCAUCAACAAAUGUCAUUAAAAUUCAUUGUUUAUUUUCUUUCCUUUUUCAGGUCUGAGUGUGUGUCAAGUGUGAGAUUACAUUUUCAUUUAGUUUUAGAGUUUUAGGUCUACAGAGAUGGAUUAAAAUGGUAAGUGAAAGUGACCAAUGACAGAACCUACAACUACAAACAUGAAAGAAAAGCAUAUUGAACUGAAGAUCAUUGAUAAAUAGUAUGUAUCUGAUACUGAUAUUGAUAUGGUUAUAGUUAUAAGUUUAUAAGUUAUGGUUUAUUUCUGGUCAAGUAGCCUACCAACAAACAUUACAUAGAUUCAAAGAUGCAUAGAUAGAGUAAAGUCAAAGUAAAGAGGGCAAUCUAAAGAAUUUUCCAUGACUAGACCCUACACUGUUUUAUAAGUUGAGGUCCAAGGAUAAUAUAGGUCAUGAUAAAAAAAGGUUUCGUUAUAUUUAAAUUUAGGCCAUAAUACUAGGCAAUUAUGUUAAGUUACUUGCAUUUUAAUGAUUAAUGACAAUAGCCGAUUCAUUGAUAAAAUCACCUAAUGAUAAUGUUUUAAAUAAUAAUAAUGCCCACAGGCCAUAUUUUUCCUACCCUUGUUGCAGUAUUCUAGCCAGACUAUAUGAUCUCUUGAUUAAAAAGAAGUCGUUUUUUUAAAGUCUAAAAAUUUAAAUGUAUAGUAUUACAUAUGUUGAUGUAGAAUCAUUUUACACCUAUUUUAGUUAGGUAAAAACCUAUUACAUUUUGCACUCUGUAUGAAACAAUCACAAUUUGGAAUAAUAGUUUUGAUCUGUAAUCAUAUUAGAUAUUGUAUUUGGUUGACAUCAUGUUUUCCUGUUAUGUUUUGACCACAUAAGGACAUUUUUAUUUUGUUCUGUUUUAAGCUCUCAAUUGUAAGUUUUUUCAAUGCUUUUCCUCAAUGAAAAAAAAUAGAUAUCUCUUUCCACCAUGCCCAUUUUGCAUACAACUUCAUACAUUUUCACUCUUGUUCGUAUCCUUUCUAAUUUAAAAAAAUCAAAUACUUAGGCCUAAUUACAAUUACAGGGUUUGAGGGAUUUUCCUUUAUGAACCAUGUUAAGAUUUAGCUUAUCAUCAACUAUACUUUCCAGUGCAAUUUAUUAUAACAUUUUUUUUUUAAGAAAGGGGACAAAAGUAGAUGACAUCAGUUUCUAGUCUAGUUUCAAAGAUAUACAAAGUUCCCUAAAAAGAUUGGUAUGACGCAUAUCAGGUUCCUCCACCUGAUGACCUCUGUCACAUGUGGCCCGUAGUAGCAUAUACUUUAUGGUCAGGCAUGCGUUUGAAUAGUAUUUGAAAAUACAACAUCAUCCAAGUGUUUCUAAUACAUGAUCAGAUUUGAUUGUGAUGAAUUUAUUAUGUAUUUAUUGUAAAUACAGUAAAAUACUUUUUAUGAUUAUUUCAAUGUAAUAGCAAUUACAACAUACAGGUGUCAUAGAACAUUCAUCAGUUGAAUUUGUUUUAGAAAAUUAAAUUAUUAUUACACUAAAUAGAGCUUAAAAAUCUUAAUUUUAAAAAAGCACAUCAUUUUCGUUUUAAAAGUAAAUAUAGAAAACAUACAUUGUUGAGAUCAUAUAGUUAUGAUCUCUGCAUGUGUAAAACGAGACCUUUGUCUAAUUUCAAAUUAGACAGACCUGAUGUAUGUCACAGUCAAAAUAUCUUUUAAAAUUAUUUUUUCUACAAAUAGCUGUUCCAUAUAGCAAUUACAAAAUGACCAUAAUUGUAUUGGUUUCUCAUUAUUAUGAGUGGGAUAUUUUGGGUGUUUAAAGGCUAACAUAUUAUUUUUUUAAAUCUUUUCACUAAGUGUUUGCAAGUGUAAACAUAUGUUUGCAACAUAUUUCCUGUCACAUUUUAUUUAAAAGAAAUUGAAAUUUUAUCAUAAUAAUAAGAAAACAUUACUCUUCUUUUCAUAUUUGAGUUAGUCAGAAAGACAUAUCUUAAAGUAUAAUGUAAAAAGUAUUUUUUUUUCCUCAUAAAUAAAAAUAAAAUUGUUGUUAAAAGAUUGAAGCAUUUUGAAAACCUUUUUUUUAGAACAAUUCAGAAAUGCAAAGACGAUCGGAAAAGAUUGGAAAGAGAAAGUCAGUAGGAGGUAAAACACCUUACCUUAACUAUUUUAUGCCAAGCACUAAGUAAACAAACAUUUUGUUUUUAUGUUUAUUAUUAAGCCAUAUUAUCACACACCGAUCUUUAUUGAAAAUCCAAACAAAAGCCACAAAUUUAUAUGCAGUUUUUAGAUAUUUUAAUACUUAAAUAUGCCCAUUUUAAAAAUUCAAAUGCAAUUUAACCUGCAUUUUUUAAAACUCUGUGACGAAAUUUGCUUAGCAAACUUGAAGGUCAUUUGUACUCUUUAUUUUAUAUUGCACAUUGCCCUUGAAAAACUUAUUAUAUGAAAUAUUUAUUCUUUGCUCAGGGGAUCUCAAAACAGAAAGUAAUGAAGGUGAGAUUGGUUUUUUUUUUAAUCAGAAUCAAUUUAGCGGGUAAAAUCCAAUUUAUCUGGGCAGUUUGUUUUGUAUAUUAGGCUACGUAGACCAAUAGAUGUUAGUAGUAAAAUCUUUUUUCUAUUUUACUUAAAUUUAAUUGCUUCAUCCAAAAUAUCUGUUGCCAGUGGCAUUGGCAUCAAGCAGUAGAUAUUGGAACACAAAUUACAAAAAUAAUUUAUUUGUUAUCUUAUUUUGCAGGUGAUGCUCAAAAGAAAGUCAAAGAAAGUGGCGAUAGCCAUUCACAAGGUGAUUUAUUUGAGACAUAUUCAACAGAUUAUUUCAUAAGAUUUCAAUUUCUUAUUCUGACAGAUGAACAAAAAUUGUUUGCCACUGUAGAUUUGUCUCUCUAUUAAGUAUUAUAUUUUGACCCCCGAAAAAGGAAAAUGUCACAAUUUCUAAAAAAAAAUCCUACACCAUCUGUAAACUACACAGACAUUUAUAAAAAAUAACUAAACCUGUUUCUGAAACUGAACAUCCUAAGUUUUUUUUAAAGGGAUGAGGCAACAGAGCUUCCCUCAAGAGAUAUUUCACAAAAUCUUUCCAUGCUUAUUUCAGAAAAUGUUUCAGUUAAAACUAAGCCAGCAGCCACCCCACCAGGCAAGGGGAUUCGAACUCGUCUUUCAACAGGGACUCUCAUUAUGACCGGGACGUCAACAGUUUCAACAGCUUCUCAAGAGAGUAUGCUUACCGCAAUAACAGCCAAUUUGUCAUCUGACAAUCCUGUCAAAGGUCGGAAGUCCAUUAGCAAAGGUUAUUUUGUAUUUCUUUUAUUUUUUUUUUCUAUAUUUGAAAGCCCACAAUCAAUUUAUUGAUCAUUCUGGCUCCCGGUUUGAAUUCACAUUUAGAUGAGUUGCCGUCCAAGGCUAACGAGACCCAUCCAACCAGUUUUUAAAUAUUAAAUUAAAAAUAUCACAUAUUAGUGAUAAUUACAAAAUUCCCAGAGAAUUCUUAAAUAAAACAUGUGUGAGGUGGUUUUUCAAAAACAAUUUUUUUCUAACCGCCUUUAUGACUCUUGGGUACAAUUUAGGGUUCAUGACUUUUGAAUAAAUGAACAAGUUAAAUAGUAUUCAAAAAUAUUUAGGACUUCCAUAAUUCACCCAUGCACAGUAUUUGCAAUGUUCCUAACUCUGAUGACCUUUUCUUCUAAAUUUGUUUUCCUUACAAUAGGCUAACUAAAUUUUUUUUCGUCAUUAGUAUUUUGAGAAAUGAAGGUCGAGCAGUAAAACAAAAUAAUAUAUACCUUUUCCCAGACUCCACUCCCACAUCGGCAAAGAAAAGAAAAAUUGCAGAGGAAAAGUCAAACGAUGAACAGUCAGACAUUCCUCCGAAGCGGAGAAAAAUAGGCCGGAAUGAUGGAACAGGAGAGGUAAGGCAAGCUGUUGACUCAAAUUGUAUUUUGGAAUUUUAUUCUGUUUGUAGAUUUCUGAUCAAAUCUGUUGAACAGAAUAUAUUAAUUAACAGUUGAGUGACGAAUAUUCCAUUGUUUUAAAUCAACUGAUUUAAAUUAAAAAUGUUGAGUUAUAUACACUUAUUUUGUUCUGAUAAAUGGGCACACCACUUUGUACUCCCAUUAACUUAUUGCUAAGCAUCAAUACUCUUUUUUUUUCAAGCUUAAAUACUAUAUACUUUAUUAAAAAAUGUGACCAAUUUGGGCAAGAUCUAAACAUUUUGUGUAACUAUUUCUACUUGACCAUAAUGACAAAUUUUUAAAGUGUACAACAGUUUCAUAAUGGGGGUGACUGCCUGUGUUCAACAGGUUCAUAAUGGCGGUUACUGCAUGCAUUUAUAUUUUGUACUAUCAUUUUUUUAUAUUUUUUUUAAUGGAAUGCAUUGUCAACAAACUAUAUUUCAAACUAUAUUUUAAAAGUGCUGAAAUUUUUUUUUCAAAUAAACUGGUCUAAAUUUUCCUUAUUACCAUUUCCAUAACCCUCAAUUCAUGAUGUUCAAGUAGAUUUUAUUUUUUAUAUUAUAUUUUUUGUAUAGCUUGUAGCCCAUACAGGGUGCCCAUCCUGGUUAGAUAAAUGUCUGCAUCUGUGGGCCUUUUUUUGGUUUUUUUUUUUGCAGGACAACAAAAAUGAUUACUUUUGUUGGGCUUGCCACAAGGAAGGCCAGGUGAUAUGCUGCGAACUUUGCCCUCGUGUCUUUCACACCAAGUGUCUCAGCCUGGAAAACAAAGUAUCUAAAGACUGGGUUUGCCCUGAAUGUGAGGUACGGAUUGAGAUUUUGCAAAUUUUCAAACCAUAAAAUUAUUUUUGUAAAUAUAAAUAAGGAUUUUUGAUUUGCAAACUCUUAACUGAUUUUUUUUUUAUCUGCACCUCCCUCUUGUUGAUUUGUUUAAAUGUAUUCACUUUUCAAUUAUGUGUUUUGAUGUUAGACACAUCAUGUUAGUGUGCUUUGAUAAUGCACACCUCAUGUCUGUGUCCUUUGAUUUGCACACCUCAAGUCUGUGCUUUGAUGACCUCUCAUUGAUUUGUUUUAAUGAGUUUUGACGUAAGAAAGAGCUGCUUACCUGUUGUAUUUCAAAAUAAACAGAAAAUUAUGAAGGCUGAAUGCACAGAUACAAGAUCAAAAGCAAUGGCAAUGAUCACCCUGGACAAGCUUUGCACUUUAUUGAAGUACGCCCUGGAGCGCAUGCGCACCGUAGGGGUAGGUUAUGGAAAAUGUUCUUAUCUAGCCUUUAUAUUUUUUCACUUUAUUACAUUACAGUUUAUUGACAUGAUACUGAUAAAAUUAUAUACAUGUAAUAGAAAAUAUUCUUAAACUAUUGGAAUUUGCAAGAUAUAAUUUUUCUAAGCAAAAAGAAAAAGGCAUUUUAGGAUAGCAAACAUUAAUGUAUUGUUUUUUGCUCUAGACUACAGGAGGAGGAUUUCUUUGUAAUUUUUUUAAUUAUUGAUGCCGUUUCUUAACAAUAUGUGAUCAAAUUUCGUAUUUUUUUAUUUCUUUGAAAUCAGGCUUCAACAUUUGAGCAUCCCGUUGAUCCAUUGCAUUUUCCUAAUUAUACAGACUAUGUUUUCUUUCCUAUGAGCCUCGGAAUUCUAGAAAAGGUAAAUAAUUAAAUUUUAGACAGCUGAAAAUUGCCAAAAGUUGAUGUGAUAUUCUUUCUUUUCAUGUGUUCAAUUUAGCCCUUUCCUUUAUAGAGCAAGCCAAGAACUUUUUUUUUUUUUUUUUGCAGGUCUUCUUGCCUGUAAUGUAUAUUUCCAUUUUUAAUAAAUAAUAAGCAAAAAAUUGAUACUGUUUAUUUUGAACAAUUUUUACAGAAUAUCAGAAGAAAAUUUUACGGAUGUACUGAAGCUUUUUUGUCAGAUGUUAAAUGGUUUUUCCACAAUUAAUUUUUUUUUUUUUUUUUUAUUUUUUUCUUUUUUUUUAUAGAGCAAGCCAUUAUUUUUUUUUUUUUUUUUUUUGCAGGUCUUCUUGCCUGUAAUGUAUAUUUCCAUUUGUAAUAAAUAAUAAGCAAAAAAUUGAUACUGUUUAUUUUGAACAAUUUUUACAGAAUAUCAGAAGAAAAUUGUACGGAUGUACUGAAGCUUUUUUGGCAGAUGCUAAAUGGAUUUUCCACAAUUCAGCAGUUUACAAUGGAAGUAAGUGUGAGUAGCUGUUUACAUCGAAUAAUUUACUGCUAAAUUAGUUUUUAAAUUUUAAGUUUGUUCCAAACACUUGUGCAGAGAAUAGCUGCAUUUAGAUAAUACUUUAGCUUAUGUCAGAGUUUGGAAAGUGCCGUUAUUUAACUGUAUGUGGCACAAUUAAUAUUUGUUUAUUCUUCUUCUAUAUCUUAAGGGCCCACGAUCAAUUUAUUGAUCAUUAUUGAUGGUACAGUCAUUUAUUGGAAUCCUUGAUAUCUUCUGGGAGAUAGGCUCUUGCCAUAAUUGAAUAUUCCAACUCUUAAGACAAAUUUAUUCAUAUCUCACUCAUACAUGGUGAAGAAAGAUUUUAAACUUUCUAUCAAAUGAUCACACCACUGUAAUACCUUUGGUAUUAAGCAUCACAGACUAAAUCAUAAUUUGAAGUCCAUCUCACAGACACAUGAUUACUAAUGCCUGAUUUCCAACACAUUCACAUGAUUGAUUCUUUUCUUUUUAGUUGCCAACAAAAUCACUUCAGCGGCUAGGUCAUUAAUGAAAGUUUGCAAGCACGAGGUAAGGAACAGGCUUUGUAUGUUGUAGAUUUAGUUGUUGUUUUUUUCUAUUAAUAUUUUGUUUCAUCUUACAGCUUCGAACUUUGUUUAAUUUUAGUUUUAUUUGUACAAUUCUAGUACAUUGUAGAUGAACCUUCACAACCUACAGGACUCAAUAAUUUUAUAAGAGCCUUUUUUUUUUUUUUUAAAGUCUAAUAAUGAAUAUUUGAUCUUGAUCAAUCUAACAGACAUUGGCUGGAGAGUUCUUGCAUAUAAACUGAGAUUUUAAAAGAGUAAGAAGUUUUUAAGCCAUAAAUUAUAAAAUUGAUCCAUGACAUGGUUGUUAUCAUUAAUUUGUCCACAGAUGAGUGAAAUUGAGGUCUGUCCUGAUUGUUACUACCAUUCUUGUGUACAAAAUAACAGUGACUGGUUUUGUGAGCCUUGUGUAAGUGGACUUGAUUAUUUGUGUUCUGUUUGUUUUGUGUUUUUUGUGCAGGUAUCUACUUUAUCUUGCGAAGGGUGCAACAGUGACCGGGGGGGGAAAAAGGGAAGGGGGGGGGGGGGGAAUAGGUUUAGUUCAACUAAACAUAAAUUGUGACAAAAAAAUUAAUUUCUUAACAUUCUAUUUCUUCCUUUUUCAUGUUGCAGACCCCUGCCUCCAAACAUACACUCACAUCAUCGCCAACCUCCAUGCUACUUUAUAAAUAAGUAAUAUAGUUAAUUCAAAGUAAAAAAAAUUAACCACCCCCAUUGGGGGGGGCACACACACCACAGGACUCCUAGAUGGCCAAAAGACAGGAUAGACCCAAAAGAUUAGUUAUUUUAGGAAAAAAUCUUUCAAUUUUUAAACUACAGCUAUCAAAGAAUUCCCCAUUUUAGUAACUCCCUUACUUUCACAAAUAAAAUUCUUAAAUAACCACUGUUGUUGGGAUGAAACCAUUUUUUUCUUUCCAUAGAGAGUUCCUCAUGGCCUUGUAUGGGCAAAGCUUAAGGGAUACCCAUUUUGGCCAGCCAAGGUAAGAUUUAAAAACAUGUUACCAUUAUGUUGAUAUUCACAGUGCUGAAAUAAAUGGGAAGAGCUUCUUUCAAAUUUAAGCAUGAAUAGGAUUGUUCAUAAGCUGCAGAAGAUUUACUCGAUUACCUGUGUUAAGUUUAGGUCUGUUCUAAAUUUGUGACUUGCCAUCAUAGUCGGCAAUCUUAGCUUCUUUUCUAGGUUUUUUUCAAGAUGCCAUUAUAGUGCACCAAAAUAACUAGAAAUUGUUGUUUUUUUCCUUGUUUUUCUUUACAUUUGGCACAUCAUUUUAUAACUGUUGCACCGUUCUGCUCACCGCUGACUGCCUCUGACUACAAGAUAGUUCAGAUUGCGACAAACAUUUUUACUUCCAAUUGGGCCAAAUUUUGAUUCUUUGGCAAGACACAUUAGAAGUACUUCUAAUACCUUAAUUUUUAAAAAAAAUAUAUUAAUUUUACUGGAAUAUUUGUUUAUUUCUGAUCUUCAUUUUUACCCAGGCUCUCAGGGAAGUGAAUGGACAGGUUGAUGUAAGAUUCUUUGGUGCUCAUGACAGGUGAAGUAGUUUUAUAUUUUACUUGAUUUGUUUUUUUAUCCUUGUAUUAUAAGACAAUGUUUGAUCGAUUGUUUGUAAAAUGUAAGCCCUCUUGAUUGUCAAGUGACUGAUCUAAACAAACAAAUAAACAAGAGGAGUUGGGGAAGAGAAGGAGUUACCAAGAUUAAUUUGGAUAAAUUAGCCAUAAUAUUCAAAAAAUUUGUACACAAUAAAACAUCUUGAGUGCCUCUGUCAGCUUGGAUCUAUCAAUUAGCGUAUACGAUGAUUAAGGUGUUAUUCUCAAUAUCUUUAGUUACAUACAACAUUUAUUAAAUUUUGCAUGACAUUUUUUUCUAGAUCUUUCAAGUUGCUUUUAACAUAUUGUGAACCAAAUUUCUGUAAAUUAAAAUUUUGAAAAUCAGAUUCCAAAAUUAAAAAAAAAAUGUAUUUCUUUUCAUUUGCAGGUCUUGGGUACCAGUAGCUUCUUGCUUCAUGCUGUCCAGAAAUGGACCUGUUGUUGUAAAAAAGGGGAGGGGUGGGAUGGAUCUGGCAAUGAAGGAGGUAGCUCUUCAUGUUAAAAAAUUAAAGUGAGUAUGUAAAAUCUAUGAAAGUAUGUAUGAAUAUUUUGCUAGAGUUGUAUUCUGGUCAUUAAAUCAGUGUGCUCUAUUGAGGCUCAUAUGGCCACCAUUCUGUGUUUCUUAUCUCAUAGAUGAUAAUUUGGUUUAACUAAAGACAAAUUUAUUCUUCUAUAACAGCAUCUGUUUAGCUAAUGUAUACUGGGAAAAAAUUAUGGAUAAUUCUUGUCUCUACUACUUAUUUACUCCAUUUAUCUGCAGAGCUUUAAAAAUUAUUCUCUGACAUCUUUUAAAAUUUUUCACCCCCAAUGCAUUUCUCAUUUCGAUGGCGUUAAGUGACCAAGUUGCACAAAAAUACUAAUUUUUUUUAAAACUUGGUUUCACAUGCACUCAUAUCCCUCACAUCUUAUCAAUAGUUAAACGUUUUACCAUAUUUAUUAGGGAAAAAUUUGGAUCUUUUGAAUACGCCCCCCCAAAGACGCCUUUCAGUAUUGACAAUGUUUACAAGAAGACGAAGAACGUCAGUGUAACUUCAUCAGAACAGAACAAGGACAAGGGAAGGUCAGAGAUGAAAUCUAAAGUGGCAGUCCGUGUAAAGGUAAGGGAUCGAUUUUUAAAGAGAACAUGGUGCAGUCUAAUAUUUGAGUCAGUCUUCACAGAGUCAUCUGCAUCCACCAGGAAGAAGAAUUUAGUUUGAAUUUAAAUAUGGGUAUCUUAAUUAAAAAUGAAUUUUAAACCUGCCAAAAUUAAAUUUUAAGAAAACGGUACCAAUUUUUUUUUUUUUUUGACUAUCUCAACAAUAUACUUUCGCAAGCAUAGCUAAACUUGUUGUAGAUUUAAAUGUAGAUGAAAUAUAACUUUUUUUUUAGGGAUGUUAUGUUUUGUAAAAAAUAAUAUUUAAAACUACAAGAAAUACAACCAUUUUGGGAUCCUCGCUAAAAUAAAGCUGAAACAUAUUUUAUCAUUGUAUACAAAAAUUACCAGGAAAACAAACUGCAAAAGCUACAACCAAUGACUGUAGUGUCAUGUCAGCAUUGUUCUAAUCAGAUUAAACCCCACUUUGCUAGGAUAUCAUCCCACUCUUUGUUGUUAUCUAUUGCAGAUAGAAAUAGAUAAGUGGAUGACAUUAUCAGUUUAAAAAGUUUUCCCCAUGUAUAAAUGUUUCAUUAGAAGUCUGAGAAGCUUUAAAAACUCUUGCUUCAGGUUAAAAAAAAACCUGCCCCACUCUUACUAUCUAGCCAUGUUACCCUCAAAUACAACAGCUUAAAUCUUAACACACUACCCCCACCCCACCUAUUUUUGAGGACAUUUGGUACUACAUACCAUCACUAUAUCCAAAAUUCCUACCCACCCCCUCAACGCUACAUUACACUGGACUUUAUUUUCCAGAUGAACGAAGUUCAGUCAGCAGCAAGCAAAACGGCAAUGGCCCUAAAGACUAAAUACAACACAAUAACCUUAAAGAAAGGGAACCAGCAGCAUGGGACAGUGGUGCUGAAAUCAACGGCAGCGCCCGGACCACAGCAGAGACAGGUGAAGACAAAUAAGUGACAACACUUUUCAGAAGUUCUCUUAAGAUCCGUGACAUUUCUUCUUAUUCGCUGGGUGAAAUUCUGUCUUUACUAUCUCAGUGUUCAGUACUAUGUUUUUGCAGCAUAAUUACACAGUGCAUCUCUCUUAAGUGUCAGCAUUGGUGUGCUGUGUCUUCUUGGAAGUUUUUUUCCUCUUACGACAUGAUCAGACAGGGCCUAAAAUAGCCAGAGAGCAGCCAAAAUGAUUAAUUUAACAAGUAAAUGAUAAGCGGAUGAAAAAUUCCAGAAGAAUAAGAACAUUUUUUUAAUCUUAACCCUUUUAAACAUGUCGACUUUCCUAUCAGAUAAUCUAUUUGAAACCAAUGCCUAAAGGAGUUUUCCUAUUGAGUCAGCAACAAAUAGAUCCUGGACCCACUCAGUCAACAUCAGCCCUCAAGCCUAAUUUGCCAGGUAUAUUUUGCAGUUUGAUAGAAAUGCCUUUUGUGAUGGUUGGGGAAAAAAACUUUGUGAUUGUUCAAAUUUGCUCAAUUUAUUUAAGCUGCCCUUGUAAAGUGGGGGGGGGGGGUGUUGUGUGUGUGUUGGGGGUUGGUCAUAUACUCAGAUGAUUUUUUUUAAUGCUAGUGUAAUAUGUAUAGAUCAACAUUGCAUUUUUACCUCCUGGCCUUUGUUUGGAGAAUGUAUUAUAAUUAUCAUCCUAGUUACACACCCUAAAGAUUGCCAUUUAAAGGAAUGUGUACCAUAAACAAUAGAUUCAAAUUUUCCACAAUUCAAAUGUACUGAAUUUUAAGCUGGUUAGGAUGUAGGGAGGUUGAUCAUAAAACACUUAUGUUGUCAGAACAGAAAAAGGGUUUCAGACAAAAGAAAAGUUCAUAAGUAAACUUACUAAUUCUAUAAUUGGAUAUUUUAAAGAAAAAUUCCUAAAGUGAAGGAGUCCUGGGCUGUUGAUGAUUUUAUAUUUCUCUGCAGUGCUUAAAGUUGUUCAAACGUUCCCUGAGAAUCGGCCACUCCCAGUUACAUUGAGGCAAUGUACACCUGGCGCUCCUACAGUUAACAAGCUGCUAGAGAAAGAGACGUCUUUGUCACUGAGGCAGUCUACACCUGACACUCCUGAAGUUAACAAGCUGCCAGAAAAAGAGACGUCUUUGACGUUGAGGCAGUCUGCACCUGACACUCCUGAAGUUAACAAGCUGCCAGAGAAAGAGACGUCUUUGACGUUGAGGCAGUCUGCACCUGACACUCCUGAAGUUAACAAGCUGCCAGA